AUGGCUCAUCCUCCUAGACAGAAAAUCAACGUUUCCAUUGACUUUGGUACGACCUAUUCAGCUGUGGCACGGCUUGAUACUACAAAGGUUAGUACUCCGUACAACUACGCUGGAACUAAAUUCAUUCCAUUCAAGUUCAACUCCAUCGAAGGGAAUCAACCUAUUGUCACGGACCUGAUUUACUAUUCUAACGCCAAAGACAAGGUCUUCAUGAACUUCCAUAUGUACGAGGCUAGAACUAGUUUCGGACUGGAGCCACAUUUAUAUCCCCGCGAUAGUAAGUCAUCAUAUGCGUUUGUUUCUGAUCCGCUGAAAUGCCAGUGUGAUUUCAUGUAUGCUAAUUCAUUAUCAGAAAUGAAAGUGCACGCGACUAUUUCUGCCCACUUCGAUUUGAAGGCUGCUCGCCGCCAUAGCUUUAAGCUAUUCCGCAAGAAAGGAGACUGUGACGCAAUACCGUACCAGCUCGUGGCAAAGUAUUUUCCCACUCAUUGUGAGUACUUUCUACGGUGCUGUGGCCAGACAUCGGACAUUGUGACAGCAUUCCAUACUUAG